CUCACAAUUACAACCCUCACACGAAAACGAUACACGUCUUUCUCCACGACUCUCCGCAUCCAACCCCAAACAAGAUGGCCGAACCAUCCUCUAACCCCACACCCCAAAUCGCAGACCCAGAACUCCAAACUACCACAAACGGCGCCGACGUACCACCAGCCGAUGUAGAAAUGACAGAUUCGGCCCCAACCACCGAAGUUUUGGCCCAACCCCAACCUACCAUUGCACCGCCCGCGCCCGCGCCCGCGCCCACGCCAACAAUACCUGCACCCACGCCUGCUCCCGUAUCUUCACGUAACUCGCCGCACCCCAGCGCGCCACAGCAGGCGCCGACGCAACCCAUUCCGCACGGUAGUCCGACACGUAUUUAUCUGAAUCAGAGGGUUACGCCGCAUUUGCUCGAGGCGAUGAAGCACUUGGCGACUACGGAGCCGGAUAAGCCGUUGAAGUGGUUAAGCGAGUUUCUAGCGCAGAAGAGUGCCGAGAUUGAGGGGUGAGAGGUCAGGGGUUUCAAAAAGUCGAGACAGCGUGGAAGGGGUUGGGCAAGACGGAUGGGUGUUCAGCAAAGACGACUUGGUUGAUAUGAAGUACAUGUGAAUUGCGCGCAUGGACGGGUGGGUGUUCAAAAGCAACGAUUGGUUUACGGCGUCAAAUGAGGGAAGAUACCCAGGUCAAUUGCAUCACAUUCACAUGAAUUAAAGUACGAAGUUGCACGGGUAUAUAUUUUCAAUUCAGAUGAUGCU